AUGAGGGAGAGAGAGAAGGAAGGAGAGGAGCAUCGAUGGUGGUUCGAGCACUGCCGCCUCCAUCCUCGCACCAUCUUCGUCACACGCAGCCGCCUCCUUCCGCACCCCUCUUCUUCGCGCACGGCAACAGAGGCAAGUCCUGUCAGACUUGUUGUUUUUCAUUCAGUUGAAGAGCUCUCCAUGCUUAAGAUCUUUUCUAGGAUAAUUGGGUCGUUAAAUAUGAAGGAUUCGCUCAUGUGCCAAAGCCAGCUCGGGGAAGCCUUCCUGGACUCCUGGUUGACCACGACAAUCACGACACGGUGA